CUUUUUAGUGUCUGUAUGCCUGGUAAAUAGCGCAGAUUGGUUAUUUGCGCUCAACAGUUAUACCAGUGAGAAUAUGUUCUGUUUUUCAAUCAAGCUCGCCAAAAUAAAAACAUGGCAUCUUCAGAAAGUGUAGUAUUUCAAGGGUUUACAGUGUUGCCUAUGAAAAUAGAAGAGAAGAGCACAUGUCUACACUACAUAUAUGUCAAGGAACACAGCAUAAGAGAUACGCAUCAGUGCAAACCAAAAGGAAGAACUCUUUUUGCUCUUAAUGUCCCACCUUAUUGUGAAGAGGAACAUUUUAAAGAAAUGUUUGCAAGUUAUGGUACCGUACAGAGAGUGUACUUCCACUCUAAACCAACAUCAGGGCUGCCGGCCGUCAACACAUCAGCAUUCUUCCCGACAGCACCAGUUAUACAGGGUUACAAAGUAGCGUACCUUGUGUUCAAGAAGGCAUCUUCUGUAAAGACAAUAACAUCCCUACCGUAUGAUAAACCACUGAUUAUGCACAAAGAUGGUGGACAUGUCAUUGACACAGGACUCAGCAAAUGGGUUAGACAAUACAGAGAAGAUGUGGUAGAUACUGAGGCAUUACAGUCAGAAAUUGAUAAGUACAUGGAGGAAUAUGAUGAAAAAAUACAAAAGGAGAUAGAGGAAGCAAAAGCCAAUGAAGGAAUAGCUGAUGAUGAUGGAUGGGUCACAGUUACAAAAUAUGGUAAAAAUAAAGGCGCACCACGAACAGAGGCACACGAGAAAGCUCUCACACGCAAAGAGAAAAAGCGAAGAAAAGACAAGGAGCUGCUUAACUUCUACAGUUUUCAGAUGAGGGAAACAAAAAGGGAACAAAUUGCAAAUCUGCGUAAGAAGUUUGAAGAAGACAAACAGCGAAUAGCUUUGAUGAAGGCAUCAAGAAAAUUCAGACCUUAUUGAAUUGUAUUAUAUUUCCAUUUAUGUUUACAUAUUAAAUCAUUAUAAAGUACAAAUAA